AUUCGCAUGUAUCUAGUUGUCAGACUGGCUUCCAAUCAGUUUUGUGUCAGCCAUAAAUUUGUUACCAUAUAGCCUCAUAAUAAUGGAUGUGUAUUAAAAUAUGGUUUUGUAGAUUAGUUCAGUUCAUUGGGCUCAAUGGGAAUCUGGGGAAGUUCUCCUGCGGCCAUGUGUUCAGUGGAGGAGCGUUGCGCGGAAUGGGCAGCCAAGUACAUGGAAUAUUGCCUUUGCAGCACAAAGGAUUGGGUUUCAUUCAUAUUGGGAUUGAUAAGUUUAAUGAGUUGGGCUGUUGCUGAAAUCCCUCAGAUCAUCACAAACUACAAGCAAAAAUCUGCUGAAGGCCUAUCUCUUGCUUUCCUCAUCACAUGGGUAGUAGGCUUCCAAAACAAUACUACAUGGCAAUGUUAUAUACAUUUACAACAUUGAUUGUUGCUGGGCAAACCAUAUACUAUGGCUACAUCUAUUAUCGCCUGAAACCUUAUAAACGUUCUCAUGAGGUAUGGCACUUUUAUCCUUCCAUUAUUCGAUUAUGGGUUUUGUAAGUUUUACACAUGCUCUAUAGUUCCAGAACAAUGAUGGGCUUCCAGGGAACUAAUAAAAUUUGUCAAGACAUGAGGAAGUCCUUUUUAAUGCUUGAAAGAGAGGAAAUGUGUAGUAUGCAAUUUAAAUUCUUCUUUCAGGGAUUGUAACAGUUCACCGUGAAACUUCUCAAUUGGUGCAAUACUGCAGCUCAUCUGAGUAGAAGACAUAGGAUGAGAGCACAUUUAUCAAAUACAUUGGACUUUUUUCGUUUAAGCCAACUGAGUUGACAGAGAGGAAAAAAUCCCAUUCCCAAGAGGAGCAAUUAACAGAAAAGAAAAAAAAAAAA